UUGCCAGGCUCCCCGCCCCCACCUUGUAUGAGUGUGCGGACAAGUUCGAGACUUGAAGCUUCUAUUGACUUCGAGAGAGCUUCCACAAGCAGUUGCUUCGUUCAAGCUCCUUCGUUGACCAGCACCCUUUUUCUAUGCGACCAACCCACCGCUCUAAUUUCUCUGCCCCUUGCUUCCAACGACGGGCAGGUCAGCUGCAACUCCACGUUCACUACAGCACCUGCCGUUAGUUGGCAGUCCGAAUUCUAGCAGCCAGCCUCACUGAAAGUUUUCGACCCCUCCUGGAUUGUUAGCAAUCACUUGCCCUUGUGGUUCUCUCCGUCAACAAGGGGCCCUCCAUGGCGCAGAAGUGUGUCCAUCAAGGCUGCGGCAAGCUAUACACAGACCCGGACGAGGUCUGCCGCUACCACCCCGGCCCUCCGGUCUUCCACGAGGGACAGAAGGGAUGGAAGUGCUGCAAGCCCCGCGUGCUCACCUUUGAGGAGUUCAUGAAAAUUGAGCCCUGCACCGAGGGCAAGCACAGCACCACGGACCUGCCGCCCGAGAUCGAGAAGAAGGAAGCAGACCCGGCGGUUCUCGAGGCUGCGAACCUGCCGCCGCCACCGCCUCGCGCGCCCAUUUCCGCGCCCCAACACAUACCCACGCCGCCUCCGCCGCCUCCAGAGUCGGAGGAUGACGACGAGACGGUGGAGAUUCCCGACGGUAGCGUGUGCAGGCGGAAAGGCUGCGGUGCCGUUUACAAGAAGGGGUCCAGCCGGGAAGGCGAGACGUGUGUGCACCACCCCGGCGUGCCCAUCUUCCACGAAGGCAGCAAGGGUUACAGCUGCUGCAAGCGGCGCGUGCUGGAGUUUGACCAGUUCAUGAAGAUUGAGGGCUGCAAGACCAAGCAGAGGCACUUGUUUGUCGGAAGCGGAAAGAAGGCCGCAGGGGGCAAGGGGUCAGGGACCUCGGGAGGCGAAGAGCUCCUGGAGACCGUCAGGUCCGACUUCUACCAGACGCUGACCACAGUGAUCGCGUCUUUCUUCCUCAAAAAAAUCGACAAGGAGGCUGCCAAGGUGGAAUUUCAGGAACAGGCAUUGGUGCUCGACCUGCCCACGACGGACACGCCGGUGCCAAAGCGGUACAAGGCGCAGGUGCCGCUGUACGGCACCAUAGAUCCUGCCAAGUCGACCUUCAAAGUCCUGGGGACCAAGCUCGAGGUGUCCCUGGCCAAGGCCGACGGCAGCUCUUGGCCGGUACUUCGCAGUGACGAUCCCAUAACCGGAGAGAUCCUUCAGCUCGGUCGAGCUGGGCGGGCUUAGUUGGGGAGAUGGGGGA